AACUAGCAAAGAAUUAAAGGUGCACAUUUUGCCAAAUUAAAGCAAUGGAUUACUCUCUUGCCAUUACUUAUGCUACUACAUCUAUCAUUUUUCUCUACUUCAUUUACAUGCUCUUUGGGAUUUUUAGUAACAAAAAGGGUAAAACACCUCCUAAAGUUGCUGGAUCCUGGCCUGUAAUUGGCCAUCUCCAUCUUUUCAGUGGAUCUAAUCUGCCUCACAAAACAUUUGGGCUUCUGGCAGACAAAUAUGGCCCAAUUUUCACAGUAAAAUUUGGAGCCCAUCAAGUUUUGGUGGUGAACGAUAGGAAAAUAGCCCAAGAUUGCUUGACUACCAACGAUAAGGCCUUGGCAAGCCGGCCUAAAGCGUUGGCAGUAGAGCUCUUGGGCUAUAACUACGCCAUUUUUGGGCUUGGCCCAUACGGCCCAUUUUGGCGAGAAAUGAAAAAAAUAGUCGUACUCGAAUUACUCUCCAAUCGUCGUGUACAAAUGUUAAGACAUAUUCGAGAAUUUGAAGUGAAAACAUCUAUCAAAACAAUGUAUGAAAGGUGGUCGAAGGAAAAGAUGAAUGAUUCUUCAAAUUUCGUCAGAAUAGAAAUGAAACAAUGGUUUGAGAACUUGGCCAUGACGAUUAUUAUAAGAAUGCUUUUUGGAAAAGAACACGAUUUUGAAGAAGGAAAAAGGGCUAGAAAUGUAAUGACAAAUUUUUUCAAGUUACUUGGUGCAUUUGUUGUAGCUGAUUUUAUACCAUCACUAAGAUAGUUAGAUAUAGGAGGAUAUGAGAAGGAAAUGAAGAAGAAUGCUAAGGAAAUAGAUUAUAUUCUUGAAAAAUGGCUAGUAGAACACAAGAACAAGAGAAGUUGUGGAGAAAAUAAAUGUGAGGAUGAUAAAGAUUUUAUGGAUAUAAUGUUGUCCCUUUUCGAAGAUGCUAUGGAUGAAGAUCUUGCUGGUUUUGAUGCUGAUACUAUUAUCAAAUCUACAUGUUUGUCUAUGUUAGCAGGGGGAUCCGACACCAUAAUUGUAGCAUUAACAUGGACUCUCUCUUUGUUACUCAACAACCCUCAUGUAAUGCAAAAGGCCCAAGAAGAACUAGACAUUCAAGUUGGAAAAUAUAAACUUGUUGAUGAGUCACAUAUAAAUAGCUUGGUCUAUCUUCAAGCUAUUGCUAAAGAAUCGUUACGUUUAUAUCCACCUGGACCACUCUCAGCGCCCCAUGAAUCCAUAGAAGAUUGCAUUGUUGGUGGCUAUAAUAUCCCUAAAGGUACUCGAGUACUAUUCAACUUGUGGAAGAUUCAACGGGAUCCGACCGUUUGGCCAGAACCCGAUUUAUUCAAGCCAGAGAGGUUCUUGACGACUCAUAAAGAUAUAGAUGUUAAGGGAAAUCAUUUUGAGUUGAUUCCAUUUGGCGCUGGAAGAAGAAUUUGCCCGGGGAUUUCGUCAACACUUGUGUUGUUGCACUUGACUUUGGCUAACGUGCUACAUGCAUUUGAAAUUACAAGGCCAUCUGAUGAACCAAUUGACAUGACUGCAAGUUUUGGUACGAAAACUACACCACUCGAGGUUCUCAUUGCUCCAAGAUUGUCCCCAGAUUUGUACUAUUAAUAACUUAUGCCACUGAACUUAAGUCAAGACUUUUGGAGAACUUUUUUUUUAAGACAUAACUUCUAUCACUAAAUUUAUGUCCUGUGACAUAACUUGUGCCCGAAACUUAUGUUGUCCUAUGGUAAACUUGAGUCAUUGAACUUAUCUUAGGAAAUAAUUCGGGUUAUUAAACUUAUGCAUUGAACUUAAUCUA